CACGUCUCUGUAUUCAUUCCAUCCGAUGGCAUUCAAACGAAUAUUCGCGUGUGAAUACGGUGUAAACCUUGGGCGACUCAGAUAUCGAUCGUAUCUACACCUUGGACGCACGCACAAUGGCGUCCUCCGAUCUGAUAGUGAACGUAAAUAAUCUGGAGAAAAUAGAGAAUUUUCUAAAUGAUUCCACGUACAAAGAGAUUAUCGAAAACAGUGAAACGUUCAACACACGGCUAUGUCUGGAACGGAGGUUAAGGAUGCCGUUUCUCGACCCGCAGACGGGCGUCGCUCAAAAUCACUGUGCGUUGUUUAUGCACAGUCGUCACCGGAUCCCGGGCCUGAAGAAUGGGCAGGUGUACAGCUACCCGGCCGCACGGUGGCGUAAAUCCCGUCGGCAGUACUUGCUGCAGAAGCCGCAUCCACCGUUCCCGGCGUACACGCACCGUCCGUUUGGGCAUCUACAGCCGGCGCCACCGCCCUCCAUCCUACCCGGCAGCGGUAUCGGUGGAGAUCGUGGUGGAGGCGGUGGCGGAGGUGGCGGAAGCACAUACGAUUCGGAAAACUCCAACCUGGACCAGUCGAGUGCGGUUGAUGCGUCCGACCUGAAGGAGCACGAGUCGGAAAAAGCGGGCAAGGAUUGGUAUUACGACGAGAUGGAAAUGCACGACAUGGAAUCGUUCGAGGAUCACGAUCUGCCCGAUUCCGACUGCGACUACGAGGAGAGCUUCAGCCAGCGCAAGAAAAAGAGCAAGGGUGCGCGCAGUGGUGGUGGCGGUGGCGGCGGUGGGUCCGGCGGUGGGCGCAGCAAAUCAAGCGGCUCAUCGUUGUCGGACGCGAACAAUCGCCGCGGUGGCAGAGGUGGCGGCCGGGGCCGAGGACGCAAAUCGCAAGGUAUUGGGGGCGACUUGGGUCCUAGCUUCAAAGAUAUGGUGGAAACACCGAAAAAGAACCGUGUUCAAACACUACCGAACCUCACACCUCAAUCGAACAGCUCAUCCCCACUGACCCUACCCGGAGGAGGCACAGGAGGAGGUGGAUCUGAAGAGCUGCCGAUGCCGGAACUGGUGCCGGAAGUGAAAGUCGAAGGUAGCAGCGACCCCACGGACGGCGGACCACCGAAGCUCGGCAACAAUCGUCCUGGGCCGGGCGCGAAUCAUUCCAGUGGGCUCGGCACUAACAAUACGCCCGGUGGACCUAUGGCUGCCCUUACCGGUGCAGCUGCGUCGGCCGGUGGACCACCGGCAUCAUCGAUCGUUGGUCCCGCAAUCGGUCCAGGCGUUGGUCCCGUCGGUGCUGGCGGAGUUGGUGCGGGAGUUGUUGGUGGUGGCGGCGGUGGCGGUGCUGUAGAGAAAAGCCGUGCUAUACCAUCGCCCUACUGCGACUUCUGUCUGGGCGAUGCACGGGAAAACAAGAAAACGUUCGAGCCGGAAGAGCUGGUAUCCUGUUCGGACUGUGGCCGUUCGGGCCAUCCGUCCUGUUUGCAGUUCACCGCCAACAUGAUCAUUUCCGUGCGGAAGUAUCGGUGGCAGUGCAUCGAGUGCAAGUACUGCACGAUCUGCGGCACAUCGGACAACGACGAUCAGCUGUUGUUCUGCGAUGACUGUGACCGUGGCUACCAUAUGUACUGUCUCUCGCCACCGCUUGUUUCACCGCCCGAGGGAUCCUGGAGCUGCAAACUGUGCAAGGAAGAAUUCCACAAGCCCAAGUAAGCGGAUGGGAGGACGUUUGAAUAGCGCACCACACUUUGACAACGUGUUUCUCCACGCAAGGAGGAAAAUGGUAAGACAACGCGGGCAUGAAUCAGAAAGGUCAGUAGCGAGGUAUUACAUAGACACUACGAAAACGACAAUUUAGUAUUAGGUGCGAAGACACACACUAUGACUUCGAUGCCCGACACCGAUCAACGGAUCGCGUAAAUCGAUAUUAACUCUCUCACUAGAUAACUAUUGCUCACUCUCGGAAACAGAAUGAUGGACACUCGUGACUCCGAAUCCGAGUUUGCCAUUUUUUUAAUAUGUACCUAUUUUAAACUCCAAUCCCCCCAAAACCCUGUCCUUGUACCGAUUUGUAUUUUGUGUAACGUGUUAGAUCUGUUUCUAUGUGUGUUUUUUUAAACUGUUUUGUUCUCCCCCGUUUUUUAGUUCAUUCGGAACCGUGUAAUGCAUUUCUGCUAGUUUUAUUCUUUACCGAUUAAGAACAGUACUUAAGCACUAGCUAAGCAAUAAGAAGAAGCCUAACUGAUUAGAGGAAAACUCUUCCGGUACGAGACUAAUGGCGUAUCUCAAUGCCAUUAAUAUCGCUUUUCUUUCAUUCUCUCUCUCUCUAUAUCUCUCUACUUCAGCUUUAAAUGUAAUUUGUUUUAGAAGAAGAAAAAAAUGCCGUUUACCUUCUGGCGCAGUCAUAAACGAAAUGAAAGCUUUUUAAAACCGAUCACUACCUAUUGUAACCAUGAUAAAAUCGCGCAAUAUUACUACAGAAACACGAUAGAAUACUAACAAUUAUUCGCUACUCUUAAGCGCAGCUCUCGGCAUACAAUAAUAUCCACGUUUUCAAGUGCGUUUUAAUUUAACACGA